UACUCCGACCUCCAAAAAAUCUGUUCUUAUUAGGAACAUUGACUGUAUGCCUAUAAUAUUACUCAUUAAACUUUAUAACUUAUUUUCUAGUUUACAGUGUAUUCUCACGAUAAAACAGUUACAGAAUGUCUAGACCAAAAAAGAAAUUCGAAAGAAUUGAAUGCAAAUAAGAUUACUUGGAAAGAAGAGAUGAACGGCCUUGAAAACAUACGUACAACAGAAGCGAAUAUGGUUGAAGAAGAAAAGAAAAAGAAAGGAAGCAAAGAAAGAGAAAAAAUCUUCCUGUGUAGCUGAUUUAUCACAUGUGCAGCUUGUCCUUUUCUUUUUCUCUUUCCUUUUUUUCUGGAUAAAAAGCAAAAAUAUUUUGUGUUGUUGUACAUAUUACUCCUCGUUUUUUGCUUGCUUCGAAGAGAUACAGACAGAUAGAUACACUAUAUUAUUUUGUGUGUUUUAAAAGGUGGUAUUGAUUAUGUCGUCUUCUAAACGUAAAAGAGAUAGCAGCAACACUACUACUGCGGUAAGUGUAACUUAUCCAUUAACUGGAUAAUCUGAUGAUAAUACUCAGUUUUUGAUCCCUUUUGAUAUGAUUUCGUUCGAUUUAAAAUAAUAAAACAAAUAUACAACCGGAACAACAAUUUAAAUUAUGAGUGUACGUCUGUUAUGGAUGUGUCAGUGUUUUGAAUAAAAUUUAAAUUUCUAAUUUUUGAAUUAGUUUCUCUCUCUUUAGUCUAAUACAAAGUCUGACUCAUCAUCAUCUAAGAAAAAACCAACAACAACAAAGUCCUCAUCUUCUGCUCUCUCUUCUGAACAGUUUCUAUCUAAUGGAAAAUCUUUAUACUUGACAAUAACUGAUGAAAGUGGAAAUGUUCUCUUGGAUAAACAAGAAUGUAAAGCAAAACAAUUUUCAACUGGUAGUCUUGGAUGGUCCUUGAAUGGAAAAAAGUUUACGACAACACUUAGUGAGAAAGAAGCAAAAACUCAAGUGAAUUGUAACUUGAUUAUUGAUAACAGCAAACCAACAACAGCUACGAAGUCAACGUCAAAGGCUAAGAUUGCUGCUCCUGACGACGAUGAAGAGAGUGACUAG